AUGUCUGCCGAUCCGCCGGAAAAUGGCUGGCCUGGCAAAGAGGAUGAGUCGCUGUCGUCCAUCGACUCCAACGCCCGACCCCGACGGGCCUCCGCCACCACUCGACGGUCGCGUCGCAAGAAGGACGACGACGCCGAUGUCAGUCAGAAAAACCUUGCUAGGUCAAAAUCCCAAAAGGACAACAACAAUUCAAAAGAUAGCGCAAAGGACACCAAGGAAAAAUCCAAACCCCGGGGAAGUCGUCGCCAACGAGAGAAGUCCACCUCCACCAAUCCUAAUAACAGUACCACUACCGCCAGCAGCAACAGCAUCAGCAGUAAGAAUAAUAACAACAACAACGACGACAACCCGAGUACAACGGCACCUCAUGACCAGAACUCACCAAAUAACUCUCGCAAGAAACCAAAGCUGGAGCCAACACCUCCCGACGAGAUCCCCAAGAGUAUCUCCGUGAGCUCCAUCACGACCCCGUCUGCUCCUGCUCCUGCUCCUGCUCCUGCGCCCGCGUCAACGUCAACGACAACGCCAACGUCAACUGGCCGCUCUCCGCACCUCACACCCUCAUCCGCAUUACACCUCCACCAACCUUCUCAGCAUGAGCAGCAGCACCAGCACCAGCAUCAUCCCCAGCUCAAUCCCUCAUCCUCUCUUCCUCCCUACUCGAAUUCGACCCCGACUCAUGCGCCGUCCCCCGCUUAUGCGAUGAACCAUCAUUCUCUUCAUCCUCCACGGCCUCAAUCCCAACCGCCGCCCCCUGCUCCCCCUCAGAGGAGGAGCGGUCAGAACUAUGAUCCCAUUCGUUCAGCCUUUGAUACAGCUUCUUCCGCUCCGGCUCCCGCGACAACCAGUCCCCCCGCGCAGAAUCCUUCCCCGCGCAACACGUUCCGUGCAAGUGCCUCGCCGGCCAUCUCCAGUAUCAUCGAUCCACCCCAGCCGACUUCAACACAACACAUCUACUCGCCAAUUCCACGGCCCUCACCGAGCCAUAUUCCGUCGACGCUCUCCUCACCCGGAAUACACCCCAAUGCUCCACAAUCAGUCCAUCCUUCACUGGCACCCUCCCCUUUGCCGGCGACCUCCCCUUCUCAUGGGUCUAUUCUCGCCCCUCAGCAUCCACUGUCACUAGCCUCGCAGCCACAACAAUCGUCGCCGCCCUAUUCACAUCGCUCUCCCUAUCCGCCUCAGCAGCAACUACCACAACCGCAGCCUCCGCGUUCUCCGCGCAACGAACACAAGCCCGUCGCGGCAGCUCCAGAGCCCGUCCCACCCAGUGAGGCACCCCAGAAAUCGUCUCCGAAGCAGGAGGCAGAGCCACCGGUUCUGCCUAAGAAACAGCCCCUCACCAAACUCGCCUCUCCUCCAGAAGAACCAGCCGCGAUGGAUGUGGAUACCGAUGAACCUGCUCAGCCCAAUGCAGAAGCCAAGGCUCCCAAGAAGGAAAAAGGAACAACUGCCACCACUACCACCGCCCCUUCCUCCAAUGCGGCAUCGCCGAAGCCCGCGCGUCCUGUCAAGGAAGCGCCGCCUCCAUUACCCCAAGGCUCCGGGUUGAUCUCCAACGCACUAUUUGGAACGGAUGACACUCGCCCCUCCGGUUCAUCUCGCACCUCGCCGAACAUUAUUCUGCACAUUCCCCUGCAGCGAGACGGCAAUCAGAUCAUCAACUUUGCCCGUAUGGCGGAAGAGCAAUACGGUUUCGCUGCCUUGCAUCCCCGACUGGCCGCGCACAAGGAGCGACUGGCUCGCGUAGCGGCGGCAGGUGCGGCGUUGGAGCGGAACGAAAAGGGUGGCAAGGGCCUAUCUGCGGGAGAAAGCGCGGACGAGGAUCUCAGUCUUGACGUCGAUCGUGAUAGCGACCUUGAUGGCGAUGUCGCGAUGGGUGGUGUGGGUGCGAAUGCCGCGGCGGCCACAAACGGUGCGACAGGGACCGAUGCCUCAGAUGGAAAGAAGAAACGCCGCAAAAAGAAAAUGGAAGAGUAUGACCGGGAUGAUCCGUUUGUAGACGACAGCGAGUUGGCUUGGCAGGAACAUGCGGCCGCUAGCAAGGACGGGUUCUUUGUGUACAGUGGACCGCUCGUCCCGGAGGGAGAGAAGGUCCAAGUUGAACGGGCGGACGGAACUAUCAAGCGUGGACGUGGCCGGGGUCGGGGUGGUCGCAGCCGCGGGGUUCCAUCGACUCAUCAAGUGCCAAUUGCCGCCGCGGUCCCCAUCUCCCAGGAGACAGGCCUGCCUCUUCGUGGUCCGGGAUCCCGUGGUGGCAGCACCACUCGCCGUCCUCGUCCGAGCAAGUCCCGGCAGCAGGCCGAACAGGACAAACAGGGCGCCUCUUCGGCAACAUCGCAGGGACGCGGUGGAGGAGCAGCUGGCCGCGGAGGAGGCGCGGCUGGAACCCGCGGUGGAAAGACGCCAUCUAUGGUCGAGCUUGCUCCUGCGCCUCGUCCGAGCUUGGCCCCUGCACCGUCAGGGCCCAGUCCUCUGGCUGGCCCAGAAGUGGUGUCGAAGUGA